CAAAAAAAAAAAGGGGAUUAAUGUCUGCGGCCAUAACUAGGCCUUAAAUAACCAGGACCAUGGGCGACAAUUCGUCUAUCCAAAUCACGCAUCCACCAUUACCGGAUGCAGAUGAGAAAAGAGAUACUGAUGGUACCGAACUGUCCGGCGACGAAGUGACUCCGUCAUCUGCGGAGGAUAGAUUGGAGGAGAAGCCACCAGAAGACGUCCCACCAGAUGGCGGGUAUGGCUGGGUGUGUGUUGCUUGUGCAGCUUUCAUCAACGGAAAUACAUGGGGAGUUAACAGUUCUUACGGUGUCUUCUUGUCCCACUAUCUCUCUAACGAUAUAUUCCCCAAUAUGAGCGCAAUCGGAUACGCCUUCACCGGCGGCCUAAGCAUGUCUUGCGCCCUCUUAAUAUCACCUUUGGUCACCCACCUAAUACACCUUUUCGGCAAUCGAACAAUUCUAAAUAUAGGGGUCUGCCUGCAAACUAUCUCGUUCAUCGGAGCAUCGUUUGCCAAAGAGCAGUGGCAUUUAUUCUUAAGUCAGGGCGUAUGCUUUGGUGUGGGAAUGGGGUGUAUUUUCAUUGGAUCUGUUGGGAUCACCCCGCAGUGGUUCCUGAAGAAACGAAGUGUUGCAAACGCAAUCGCUGCCGCUGGCUCGGGGAUGGGAGGACUUGCGUACUCCUUAGGAGCCGGCGCGAUGAUCCCCCGUCUUGGAUUGGCCUGGGCUUUCCGUGUUCUUGGAAUCACCACGUUCAGCAUCAAUAUAGUCGCGUGCAAUCUGCUGAGAGACAGGAAUAAGGCCGUAGGAAGCCGUUAUCGCGCAUUUCAUUUUCCACUACUGAAGCGGCCCGAGUUUCUGCUGCUUCAAGCUUGGGGCAUUUUCAGCUUGCUUGGCUACGUCGUGCUUAUCUUCAGUCUUCCCAAUUUCGCACUCUCUAUUGGGCUUUCUCCGCAUCAAGGGAGUAUUGUCGGCGCCCUUCUCAAUUUGGGACAAGGCUUAGGCAGACCUGUAAUAGGUCUCAUCAGUGACCGUUUUGGGAGGAUCAACAUGGCCACUGUUUUCACAUUCUUCUGUGGCCUUCUUUGCUUCGCCGUCUGGAUUCCGUCUCUCAACAUGGGAGUGCUAUGUUUUUUUGCCAUAAUCGUGGGCACUGUUGCAGGAACUUUCUGGACCACUGUCGUUCCCGUCUGUGCAGAAGUAAUCGGGAUGCAAGAAUUACCUGCCGGGCUUAGUAUAUCUUGGGUGCUCAUUGUGCCGCCGACGACGGUGUCAGAACCAAUCGCCGUUUUGCUAAAGGACGACUCUAAAAAGGAGUGGGUCUACCUCUAUGCGCAGAUAUUCACAGGCCUGGUAUACAUCGUGGCGGGUAUUAGCAUAUGGCUCGUCCGUGGCUGGAAAAUUGGUCAGGUAGAAAUAGCAGCGAAGAAGAGAGCCGUAGCCCUUGCAGCUGGCACUUCUGCAACACUGAAAAGCCGUCAUCCAGACACAAACACCCCGGCGGUUGCUGAGAACCAGCUUUCGCCCGAUAGAGAUGCUUCAAGCCACCCUAAUGAGCAUACUAUUUCUGCUCUGCCGUCUCCGCCUUCACCUGAGAUAGACACCCGGGUUUGGUCUCCGGUUCAUUUGCUGCGCAGGAUGAUGGUCCGUGGCCAUGUUUGACGAUGGAGAGACGGGGACUUCUCCAUAUACCUAAUAGUUACAAGAUCCUGGCACGAUACUAUAUGUUAUGGCAUUAUGGAUGUGCUAUAGCCUAGCGAUGCCUUCCUAAGCCUGAGGCAUCUCUUACAAAAAAAAUACAAAUCCUUCUUACCUCCACUAGGCAUAUGACGAUUGAUACGAAUAUCGCGCUGGAUGUGUUUAGGGCAAUACCUUGUGGAUUUGUUAAUUUGCAUAUACCCCUAAUAAUCGACAUAUAUUCUCUUGGGACACGAAGCAACAUACGAAUUCGGCCGACUGGCUUGCAUAUAUCCCCAGCAUUAUUUUAUUAGCAUUGUUCUUCGGACUUUUUCAGGACUCGUUCGCAUGUAUCCACCUGGCGGGCUUAGUAAAUAGAAUCAAAAUGAGAUAAAAAUGAUAGGGAACUGGCAUGGGAAUCGAGAAAUUGAAAAUUUUUAUUUUUUUUA